GGCAGGCGGAAGUGACGUCACGGCGCGGCCCCGGAGGCGAAGGAGGAGGGCGAGGCCUGCCGUGAAGUGGUGAGAGUAUGAGGCUCUGGCCGCCGCCAGCUGCUUCCCCGUGACGCCUUCCACCACGGCGGAGCUGCCCAGACCCACCUCCUGCCGCGUGGUCAUCUACCUGCAGCGGGACAUGUCCGGAGACACCGGCCUGGGCGGCCUGGGCCCGGCCGCGGGGGCCAAGCCCAAGGCCGGCGGCCCGCGCGGCCGGGGCCUGGGCAACAAGUACGUCCAGCUGAACGUGGGCGGCUCGCUCUACUACACCACGGUGCGGGUGCUGACGCGGCACGACACCAUGCUCAAGGCCAUGUUCAGCGGGCGGAUGGAGGUGCUCACGGACAAGGAGGGCUGGAUCCUCAUCGACCGCUGCGGCAAGCAUUUCGGCGCCAUCCUCAAUUACCUCCGGGACGACACCAUCGCCCUGCCCUCGAGCCGGCAGGAGAUCAGGGAGCUGAUGGCCGAGGCCAAGUAUUACCUGAUCCAGGGCCUGGUGGACACCUGCCAGGCAGCGCUGCAGGACAAGAAAGACUCGUACGAGCCCGUGUGCACCAUUCCCAUCAUCACGUCGCCCAAGGAGGAGGAACGGCUCAUCGAGUCCUCCACCAAGCCCGUGGUGAAGCUGCUGUAUAACCGGAGUAACAACAAGUACUCCUACACCAGCAACUCGGACGACCACCUGCUGAAGAACAUCGAGCUGUUUGACAAGCUGUCGCUCCGCUUCAACGGGCGCGUGAGCUUCAUCAAGGACGUCAUCGGGGACGAGAUCUGCUGCUGGUCCUUCUACGGGCAGGGCCGGAAGCUGGCCGAGGUCUGCUGCACCUCCAUCGUCUACGCCACCGAGAAGAAGCAGACCAAGGUGGAGUUCCCCGAGGCGCGCAUCUACGAGGAGACGCUCAACGUGCUGCUGUACGAGACGCCGCGGGUGCCCGACAACUCGCUCCUGGAGGCCACCAGCCGCAGCCGCAGCCAGGCCGCCGGGGCCAGCGAGGACGACGAGGCCUCGGAGCUCCGCGAGCGGGUCCGCCGGAUCCACGUCAAGCGGUACAGCACCUACGACGACCGGCAGCUCGGCCACCAGUCCGCCCACCGCGACUGACCGGGCGGCCACCCUGGCCUCCCGCCCCCGGCCCCUCCGGUCCCCCCCGGCAGGCUGCGGACCUCGGCACCUCAGUUGUCGGUGUCCCCGCCGGGGGGGUCCCGCCCCGGUGCUGAGCCCAGGGACCGGGCGAGGGCACGCUCCGAGGUAACGCCGCUGAGGACGGGGGACGGGUAGGUGGCCGACUUCUUAUCCCCGCUUUCAUCCGGCCCCCGGCCCUCUCCGGACGGGGCCGGCCUCCCCUUUUCUCUCCUGAUCCGGCCGCUCGGGCCCCCGGAGGGGCUGCCGGCUUCCCAGAUCCUUAUUUAGAAUACACUACAGCGUGGGGUUUUUUUCCCUCCCCUCCUUUCCUCCCCGGGCUGGGCGAUCCGCCUCCUAGAGCCAGAGAGUGGAGCUUGGGGAGCCCUCUCUCUUGGGGGGGGCAGGGCUCCUCAGACACCCAUUUUUCUGAACAACCCUCGUAGGGUAGGGUGGGGAGAAUCGAGUGUUUAUAAAAAGCGAUUUUACUGGGUUUUGUAGCUCGGGAUUGGAAUCUUUUAAUCGAAGCUAAGAGAAUCCGGGGCUUCCCGUUAUCCUUUCGGGGCAUCCCAGCCCCGCGGGCAGUGCGGAGUUUGGGGAUUCCUAGAGAGCUGGCCUCUCCCCGCACUCUGCCCUUUCUCAAAAGCCCUUCGGGACCCGCCAGCCUCUGCCCCGGGCGGCCUCACCAGUCCCACCGGCUAAUGGAGGGAGGGGCCCAGACCUCUCCGAGCCGGCCGUCUUCCGCUCCCAACCCCUUCCCCCUCGAGAGGCGGAGCCGGGGCAGGGAGGCCCCGAGUUCUCCCAACCCCUGGGCGCAACCGGGGGCCAGGACGGCUACCGGGUCCGAGGCGGGGAGGUGCCGAGAGAGGCCAGAUUCCGACGCCCGCCCUGGGGGAGAGAGUGUGCGGAAUGACUUGGUUCUUCAAGGGAACCAGGCUGUGGUUUUGGAAGGAAAUUAGGGAGCCCGUGGCAAAACCCUGCGACCGAGAACGCAGACGGGGCGGUGAGGACCGGCUCGGAGCUGGAGGGAGAUGGAUCCGUCCGGCCCCUGGCACUGCCGUCGUCGACUGCUCUCCCCCCCGCGCCGCUGUCUUAGAUUUAACCCUCCACUGGAGCAGGUGGGAGAACCGGGCAGACUCUAAGGACCCUUGGGCGGUAGCUGGCGAGGCCGGUGGCCGGCGAGAGCAGGGGAGUCGCUCCAGAAGGAGAUAGGGUUUGCGGCAUCGUGCCCGAGGGGGCCGGAGGGCAAACUCACCGUCGGCCGCCGAGUUUGGUGUCAGCGGCCCCCGGCGCGGGCCGAUCCGGAGAACGGGGUCUCUCCCUGCCCGUGGUCACGGGAGUGUCCGGCGAGGAAGGCUUCCGUUCCGGGAUUGGCUCGGGCCUGGGUCCAGGGAGCGCGGCGGGGCCCGGACGGGGCUGUGGGGCUUGUGGGUUUUGCUCCUCUGUUUCUGGGCCCUCACGAGGGAUGGGGCAGCUUUGCAUUCUUAGGAUUUGGAGUUGGCUCGGUCACCCCGGCAAGCGGAGUCGGCACGACGGCCGCCCCGCAGGGCGGUACGACCGCUGGUUACCGCCGCUCGGCCGGCGUCGGCGAAGGCCCCGGCGGGCUCGGGGUUAGGGCCGCAGCUGGACCGUUCCCCGGGCGAGAGAGGACGAGGGAGGUGGCCAAGAGGCCUCUUAACGUUCCGGUCCAGAAUGUGGGCUUCUAGCCCUCGGACGACGGGCGGGCUCUGCCGACCGGUUGUUCCUGCCGGUCUGGCCUGGGCCGAGGCUUCGGGACACAGAACGGAGCAACCUGCCGCGCGGAGGGGAAGAGGGGAGCGCUCAGAGCCCGGACUCAGACCGCCCCAUGUUCGGAGAGCUAUUUUGAGGCUCCAGUGCUCGGCCGGGCUCCCUACCGCCCCGGGGCCGGAGAGGAGGGAGGGUCGUCGAAGGGUGAAGGUUGAGAUUGUAUUUUUUAGAAAUUGCGAUCCCCGGCUCCGGUUUUGAUCAUUUAGUACAGAGCAUCCCGCGUAUAUUUUUUAUUCCUUCUGCACCGGUGUGAGACUUGAAAUGUCGAAGCGCGGAGCCUGGUUGUAGUCUUCGGGCUUCGGCCUCCCCUUGCCGUCCGGAGCUUCCGUCUCCGUCUCGUGGCCGUCGGGCGGCUUCGCCGUCUGUGCUCGCGAGCCCCCUCCCUCCCACCCCUCUCCCGCUCGACGUGAGCCCGGGGGCGGUGACAGUCUUCCGACAAUCAGCUUUCUCGGGGCAGGAGGACCCCAGCUGCUACUCUUCGAUCAGACACGUAGAGCGGCGGGCCUCGGGCCCGGAUGGCCCGGAUCUUAGCCGUGGCCACGGUGCUUGGACGUCCGUGGGGCCCCCCCCUCUGCUCCCAAUGACCCUCAGCCUUUCCGGUCUCAGCGGCCAAAGGGAGACGGGGCGGAGGCCGCGGGGAAUGGGCCGCGAUCGGACAGUCGAGAGGCGGCGGCGGGGGUCUGGGUUUCGUUUGGAGCUAUCGGCGCCAUCACCUUCCGCUAAGCUGCCGUUCGAGGUGACCGUCAGACGGCCGGGAGCCGGGGGCGGAAGCCGGCGGGUCGGCCCGCUCGCAACGCUUCCCGUCACCGGUUCCUUCCGGGCGGGGGGGGGCUCAGGGAGCGGGCUCGGCUCCAGCUCGGCUCUCGGGCCGCGCCGGGGCGCUUCGGCUGAUCGAUGGCUCUCUUUUCAGUCGACAGACGUACUGUUUCGCUCCGUGAUCGGCACAGCCGAUGGGUAUGGAACACUAAUUUUUAAUAAAAGACUUUCUACUGAACCGUGA